AUGGUUCUAAGGUCAAAUACUGGAUUACCAUUAACGAAGCAAAAUCAGAGACGCUAUAUGCUUACUGUGGAACUAUUGCUGAACAUGCACCUGGAGGAUUCUUUGAUCAUUGCAAAUGGGCGCCCAAAACUCGGAAUGACGAAUGUGAAUGGGUGGACACUGCCGGGUGAUGGAGUAGACCAAUCCGUUGCUGAUCGAAUAAACGAGAUGCAGAACUAUUGGUUUAUACACCCGUUCUUUUACGGGGAUUAUCCACCAUUGAUGCGAGAACAAAUCGAUAUGCUGUCCCGCCAAGAAAAUCGCACAGUUAGCCGGCUUCCUCGAUUUACGGAAUUAGAAAAACUGUUGAUAAAAGGUGCCAUCGACUUCUUCGGCGUCAAUUACUACAUCACCCUCGUUGCCAAACCGUACACGACAUAUUCAACCGCCAAGAAUUGGUACAAUUUUGAUUGUAUGGCCGCUGGGACGUACUUGCCAGAAGAUGUAGCUCCGCGGGUGCCAGGAGGCUGGGUUGGGAAUUAUGCCGAAGGGCUACGAGCCUCCUUGGUUGAUCUCUAUCGACGUUACAAAAAGCCAAUAUUAAUUACUGAAAAUGGUGCAAUGGAUUCACAGCCGACUGCUGGCGUCUAUCCGGAAGGCAGAAAUGAUGUCUAUCGUAUAAAUUAUCUGAAAGAGCAUGUAACCGCUGUAGCUAAAGCCAUGAAAGAAGACGAUGUUGAUAUCAUGGGUUAUACGGAUGAUUUUCGAAGAUUUGAUGAGAUGAUGGAAAAUACAAAAUAUCGU